AUACGCACUUUCACACCCCCAAAAUCCCAUAAAAAAAAUUCAGGGUCACAAUACCCAACACCAAACACCCAACAAUCUCCAAUGGGCAGCUGUUCAUACGAAUCAAUGUCACAAAUUUCCGAAAGAAUCUUCCAAGAAAACCAAUACCCAGAACCCCAAUUCUCAACCAACCAACAAACUCCAUCUGGGUCUUUGAAUUCACGCUCCAAAACGAUCAAAAACGCCUUCAAAAAGAAGAAAAAUCAAGUCUUUCUUGAAGGGUAUGUUGAGGCAACUGAUGAAGAUGAUCUUGUGAGGGCUAAAAGUUUGACUGAUGAAGAUCUUGAUGAGCUUAAAGGGUGUUUUGAUCUGGGGUUUGGGUUUAGUUAUGAUGAGAUUCCGGAGCUUUGUAACACUUUGCCGGCCUUGGAGUUGUGUUAUUCUAUGAGUCAGAAGUUUCUUGAUGACCAGAAGUCGCCGGAAGUGUCGCCGGCGGCGGACGUGGCGGAGGAGAUGGUGUCGCCGCCGCCUGCUCCGAUUGCUAAUUGGAAGAUCUCUAGUCCUGGUGAUCAUCCUGAGGAAGUAAAAGCAAGGCUCAAGUAUUGGGCACAAGCAGUAGCUUGCACAGUUAAAUUAUGCAAUUAACAAGUUUUCUUGAUUUAUGGAACAAUUUGAGGCAUAAAUUUUGAAUCUUUAUCAUGAAUCUUGGAAAAGUGGGAUGAGAUCCGAUUGAUUGCAACCGGUAGCGGUGGUGAUGGUGGUGGAUGGUUUUCGAAUUCUUGAUCUGGAGAUGGAUAAUCAAUGAGGGGUUGAGAUUUGAAGAAAAGAAUGUGGAUGAAGAAGAUUAAUUGUAAUGAGUUUUGAUAAACCAAUUUCAUAGUUGUAUUGUAUGAUGAAUUCAUUUGUAGUUUGGAGUAAUAAAUUCUUGAAAUAAAAGGUUCCAUCUUGUUAUC